GACGAUCUUUUAACGUGUGCCAGUGAAGUGUUGUGUCUCUGCCAACGUUACAAACUACUCCCUGCAUCGAUUUACAAGUUUUAUGUGGUCAGCUGUUCUAUACGGAAUAGAUAGGAUAGGUGAUCAGGGAGACAGAACUUACGAAUCAAAGGGUUCCCAUAAUCGUGUAAUAAUGUCAACUCUCCUGAAAGCCGUUGCAAGUGCCGUGGUUACGGUUGAUAGUGCGGGGCGUAUUAUUAAGGAAGUGUUGCAUUCUGGCUCUCUGGGUAUUGUUGACAAGGCUACCGAUGACCUUCAAACUGAAGCGGAUCGAAGUGCCCAAAAAUGUAUUGUUGCUUCGCUUGGCAAACGCUUCCCUAAGAUGAAAAUAAUUGGUGAAGAAGGCCCUCAAGAGAAUCUCUCAGCUAAACCUGAGUGGGUCGUCGACGGUCUAGACGAGACUGUUCUCGAGGAGACCAUCCCAACUCAACUCACCGAUGUUCGAGAGGAGGACAUCGUCUGCUGGGUUGAUCCGUUGGACGGCACGAAAGAGUACACCCAAGGUCUUCUUGAUCAUGUCACAGUUCUUGUAGGAUUUGCCGUGGAAGGUCGUGCUGUAGCGGGCGUGGUUCAUCAACCCUUUUAUAACUACCAGAAAGAGAAGGAUAUAUUCCAACAGGGUCGCACAAUGUGGGGAAUCGUGGGUCUCGGUGUGCGCGGGAUUAAUGUCCGAGUUCCCCCCGCAAAUGGUUUCGUUGUUACUACUACUCGUUCACAUUCCUCGCCAACGAUCAAUGCUUGUAUCGAUUCCAUGAAACCUACUGAGAUAAUUCGAGUUGGUGGAGCUGGCCAUAAGGUUCUGCUCCUUAUGGAGGGCGAAGCUCAUGCUUACGUUUUUCCGUCACCAGGCUGCAAAAAAUGGGACACUUGUGCCCCCGAAGCGCUGCUUGUUGCUGCUGGCGGCGCCCUAACGGAUAUUCACGGCAACGCGAUUCAAUACCAUGCACACGUGGACCACCCCAACUGGGGAGGAGUAUUGGCAGCUGCAAAAAAAGAUGACAUUGCCAGCUAUCUAAGACAAGUGCCGAAAAAAGUGCGAGACGUGUUGCCGGUUCUAGGAAACAAGUCGAGCGGAAAGCUAUAGGAAAUAAUGGAUACUCAAAUAUCUUUCUGUCGCGUUUACUUCCAUUGGCAUAGAUAAGCAACACACAUAACAUUUAUAUUUAAACAACCUGUGUGAGAACUGUUUUUUUUUAUUCAUACUGUUCAUAAUUUCAUAUUUAUAUAUAUUUUAAAUCCCUAAUUUGUAAUGUUUUUUAUUCGAUGAGCUUAGGAGGUAUUAUCUUCUACUGUUGGACGCGACACUAGAGGUUUCCGUCCUGUACACUUAACCUAGAACCCUUCAAAGACACGUUUAUCUGCUGUUUUAGUUGGAUUAUUUUACGUCCGCUAAAUAAGCCAUUAAGCACUACUUUCAGCGGGUCUUGCUCGACCUAUCUGGGCUUACCUCUAACAGACUUAUGAAGCAGUAUGGCAUAUUUGGCAACAUACCAUUACUGAGUGUAACAAGAGCACAGUAACCAACGUUUGAAUGGUGACGGCCGCAUGUUUACCCUACAAUAACAGUUACGAACUUUUGUGGGAAGAAUAUCGUCCCAACAAUGAAAGCAGCUUCGCAAGGUCGAAUUUUACAAAUGCUAGAGAAAACGGAGAUGAGAAAAUAAAUGAAACUGUUUUAACCAGUACUAUUCUAUUACUGUUCUGUCUAUUAACUAUGUGUAUGCCUUUAUUUAACAGAACGAUAUAUACAUGUAUAGGGUUUUUGGUCAAUAAUUGUAUUGUCGUACAUAGAAAUAGUGAACUAAUAACAUUAUUACAUGGUUGAUUCUUUACAAAAAUGACCAGGACACAGGAGAACAUCGCGUUUACAUAGACAAUUACAGCAGAGAUAUUUUUGAUCGACGAACUAUAAAUAUUUGAUGUUGUUGGAAUAAUAUCUUUUGAAUAAUCUAAUAUUCCGUCCAAAGUUUUGUCUAGUCUGCCAUACAUUAGCUUCACUUAAAUCGGAAAAACUUCAAUUAAGAUAUUAAUUUGCCAUUUAUUAAGAAGCCAUUCGACAAUAUAGUUUAAAAUAAGCUAGUUACAUUCUGAAUCAUAAAUGAACUCUACUUAUUGAAAAACGUUAGUUCUAUCUACCCCGAAAGGUACAUAUGGUAUGUUUCCUACUGCGUUUCACCCAGUUUUGUACUGCAGCUUUUAUUUGCAGGUUGUAACCGUUAUUCUGACGGAUUGUUAUUUCACUUAGUGUCUCAACUCAAAGCAAUGGCUUUCACGUCUAAUUCAACC